UGCCCGACCUACGCUCUCUUUUCCUUUAAAAAACACCAGAUCUCUUCACCUGUUCUAAUUAAAAAAGCAUCAUACAUCGCAUAUGUGCAAGCACGUCCUCAACGCCCAGGUCUCCAUCCGCGCGCCCUGCUGCAAAAAGUGGUUCGACUGCACACAGUGCCACGCAGAGGCCGCCCAGCACGACGAGAUGAUAUUCAUGUGCAAAAAAUGCCGCAAAGCAUUCCGCAAAGAUAUGGAGGAUGCCUACGAAGAGGCCGACGAAUACUGCCCGAACUGCGAUAACCACUAUAUCAUUGAGGCCAAGAUCCCGGUCGCUGCGCUGGGCGUUGAGGGCGAGGACGCCCGCUUGGACAACCGCAUGAUUAAGGAUGACCGCGUCAAGGACCAGACUGGCUCGGCCUUUGUUCAGAAGGAUCUGAGGCGCGCCUCGCUUUUUUCCUCCUACAUUUAAUAACAUGGAAGCAGCACCAUUUCUCUCAUUCUUCCAUUCUCCAUCCCUCUGCCUCUUCAAUCCAGCUGCCUGAUCACGCACGCAAAUCAACGCCUAUCAGCGCACACCUCUUUUGGAUAGCCAAGUUCCAGUUACUGCCUAUAUCCGACGGAUCAAUGGCCGUAGCGGCCCAUACACACAUUUGUGCCAACUUAAAAGGAAAUCGUGAAAAAGUUGUAAUGU